AUGCUCUGUAAUUAUUUUCUUUUUCUUACGGUUUUUCGCCUAUUGAUAUUUUUCUUUCAUCGACGACGUCUUCUUCUUCUCCUUCUUCCUACUGUGCAAAUGGCCUUCUGGGAUUUAAGUGAUAGUCAACGUAUGGGUGCUGGGUUGAUCGGUUUUGCCUUUUUUUUUAUUCUGCUCGGAUUUUCUCUCUUCUUUGACCGAGCUCUUUUAGCACUUGGUAAUAUUUUUCUUAUUGUUGGUGUCAUUCUUCUCUUGGGACUUGGUCGAGCACGGACGUUUUUCGUUCAACCAGAUCGUUUAACUGGUUCGGCAUGUUUUUUCGUUGGUAUUGCAUUACUUCUUCUUCGUUGGCCUAUCGUCGGUGUUAUUCUGGAAAUCAUCGGGUUUUAUAAACUCUUCGGUGGAUUUUUUCCCGUGAUUAUAUCGGUUCUUCGAUCGAUUCCUGGCUUCGGUUUAGUUUUAUCCCUGCCAUAUAUCUCAACAUUGAUUAAUAAAUUAGAAGGUACGAAUACAAGAAAGUCAACACUAAAGAAACCAACUGUGACAACGAUUCCGCCCGCUCCAUCUCGUUCUGUAAAUAUUGGUCAAGAACUUAGUAAUCGAAAUGUGAAAUAA